AUGAAUUUCUACCUGUGUUUAGCUUCCCUAUGCUUGGGAUUAGUGGCUGCCCCUCCACAAUUUGACAAGGCUUUAGAUACUCAGUGGGUCCAAUGGAAGGCAAAACAUAAGAAGACCUAUAAAGUGAAUGAAGAUGGUAGGAGGAGAGCAACAUGGGAAGAGAAUUUGAAAAUUAUUGAAAAGCACAAUCUGGGAUACAGCUGUGGCAAACAUAGUUUCCAGCUGGCAAUGAACAAGUUUGGGGAUAUGACCACUGAAGAAUUCAAACAAGUGAUGAAUAGCUUUAACUCCUUUGGAUCACAGAGGAGGAUCAAUGGAUCUCUGUUUCAUGAAUCUCUCUUUGCACAGAUUCCUGAAUCUAUAGACUGGAGAGAGAAAGGCUAUGUAACUCCUGUUAAGAAGCAGGGUCAGUGUGAUUCUUGUUGGGCAUUUAGCGCCACUGGCUCCAUUGAAGGUCAGUGGUUCCGUAAAACAGGCAAACUUGUUUCACUUAGUGAACAGAACUUGGUUGACUGCUCUUCUUCUGAAGGCAAUGAUGGCUGUUGUGGUGGUUUCAUUGACAAAGCCUUCCAAUAUGUGAAGGAAAAUGGUGGCAUUGAUACAGAGGAAUGCUAUCCUUAUGUUGGAGAGAAUAACGAAUGCAAAUACCAGCCAGAAUGCUCUGGUGCUAGUGUCACUGGAUUUGUAGACAUUCCAUCUGAGCAAGAAAGAGCACUCAUGGAGGUUGUAGCAACCAUGGGUCCCGUCUCAGUUGCUAUUGAUGGGGGAAAUCCAACCUUCCAGUUCUAUAACUCUGGUGUUUAUUUUGAACCACAGUGCAGCAGUUCUGAACUGCAUCAUGCUGUGCUGGUUGUGGGCUAUGGUUCAGAAGGAAUAGAUGGAAAGAAAUACUGGAUUGUCAAGAACAGCUGGGGUGAGGAGUGGGGCGACAAAGGGUACAUUUUAAUGACUAAGGACGAAAAUAACCACUGUGGAAUAGCAACAGCAGCCAGCUACCCUGAAGUGUGA